AUGGAGGUACUUAUGGCAGAACGGGCCAAUCUGGUCUUUCACAAUAAAGUGAUAGAUGGAACUGCCAUUAAACGACUUAUUAGCAGAUUAAUAGAUCACUUCGGAAUGGCAUAUACAUCACAUAUCCUGGAUCAAGUAAAGACUCUGGGGUUCCAGCAAGCCACUGCUACAUCCAUUUCAUUAGGAAUUGAUGAUCUUUUAACAAUACCUUCUAAGGGAUGGUUAGUCCAAGAUGCGGAACAACAAAGUUUGGUUUUGGAAAAACACCAUCAUUAUGGAAAUGUACACGCAGUAGAAAAAUUACGACAAUCCAUUGAGAUAUGGUAUGCUACAAGUGAAUAUUUGCGACAAGAAAUGAAUCCUAAUUUUAGGAUGACUGACCCUUUUAAUCCAGUACAUAUAAUGUCUUUUUCGGGAGCUAGAGGAAAUGCAUCUCAAGUACAUCAAUUAGUAGGUAUGAGAGGAUUAAUGUCGGAUCCACAAGGACAAAUGAUUGAUUUACCCAUUCAAAGCAAUUUACGUGAAGGACUGUCUUUAACAGAAUAUAUCAUUUCUUGCUACGGAGCCCGCAAAGGAGUUGUAGAUACUGCUGUACGAACAUCAGAUGCUGGAUAUCUUACACGCAGACUUGUUGAAGUAGUUCAACACAUUGUUGUACGUAGAACAGAUUGUGGUAGCAUCCGAGGUAUUUCUGUGAGUCCUCGAAAUGGGAUGAUGCCGGAAAGAAUUUUUAUCCAAACAUUAAUUGGUCGUGUAUUAGCAGAUGAUAUAUAUAUGGGCCCACGAUGCAUUGCCGUUAGAAAUCAAGAUAUUGGGAUUGGACUUGUCAAUCGAUUCAUCACUUUUCAAACACAAACAAUAUCUAUUCGAACCCCCUUUACUUGUAGGAGUACAUCUUGGAUCUGCCGAUUAUGUUAUGGCCGAAGUCCUACUCAUGGCGACCUGGUCGAAUUGGGAGAAGCUGUAGGUAUUAUUGCGGGUCAAUCUAUUGGAGAACCGGGCACUCAACUAACAUUAAGAACUUUUCAUACCGGCGGAGUAUUCACCGGAGGUACUGCAGAACAUAUACGAGCCCCUUCUAAUGGAAAAAUAAGAUUCAAUGAGGAUUUGGUUCAUCCCACACGUACACGUCAUGGGCAUCCCGCUUUUCUAUGUUAUAUAGACUUGUAUGUAACUAUUGAGAGUGAAGAUAUUAUACACAACGUGACUAUUCCACCAAAAAGUUUUCUUUUAGUCCAAAAUGAUCAAUAUGUACAAUCAGAACAAGUUAUUGCUGAGAUUCGCGCGGGAACAUAUACUUUUAAUUUUAAAGAAAGGGUUCGAAAACAUAUUUAUUCUGACUCAGAGGGAGAAAUGCACUGGAGUACCGAUGUAUACCAUGCACCGGAAUUUACAUACAGUAAUGUGCAUCUCUUACCAAAAACAAGUCAUUUAUGGAUAUUAUCAGGAGGUUCGCGUCGCUCUAGUGUAGUCCCUUUUUCGCUUCAAAAGGAUCAAGAUAAAAUUAACGUUAAUUCUCUUUCUGUUGAAAAAAGAUCUAUUUCUAGUCUUUCAGGAGACAAUGAUCAAGUAAGACAAAAAUUCUUUAGUUCAGAUCUUUUUGAAAAAAAAAAAGAAAGCGGGAUUCCUGAUUAUUCAGAACUUAAUCGAAUCAUAUGUACGGGUCAUUUUAAUCUCAUAUAUCCUGCUAUUCUCUACGAAAAUUAUGAUUUAUUGGCAAAGAGACGAAGAAAUAGAUUUAUCAUCCCAUUCCAAUCGAUUCAAGAACGAGAAAAAGAGCUAAUGCCUCCUUCCGGUAUUUCGAUUGAAAUACCCGUAAAUGGUAUUUUUCGCAAAAAUAGUAUUCUUGCUUAUUUUGAUGAUCCUCAAUACAGAAGAAAAAAUUCAGGAAUUACUAAAUAUGGGACUAUAGGAGUGCACUCAAUCCUCAAAAAAGAGGAUUUGAUUGAGUAUCGAGGAGUCAAAGAAUUUAAGCCAAAAUACCAAAUGAAAAUAGAUCGAUUUUUUUUCAUUCCCGAGGAAGUACAUAUUUUGCCCGAAUCUUCUUCCAUAAUGGUACAGAACAAUAGUCUCAUUGGAGUAGAUACACGAAUCACUUUAAAUAUAAGAAGCCGAGCGGGCGGAUUGGUCCGAGUGGAGAGAAAAAAAAAAAGGAUUGAACUUAAAAUCUUUUCUGGAGAUAUCCAUUUUCCUGGAAAUAUGGAUAAGAUAUCCCGACACAGUGGUAUCUUUAUACCGCUUGGAACGGCAAAAAAAAAUGCUAAGGAAUCAAAAAAAAAGUUGAAAAAUUGGAUCUAUGUCCAAUGGAUCACAUCUAACAAGAAAAAGUAUUUUGUUUUGGCUCGACCUGUAAUCAUAUAUGAAAUAGCAGACGGUAUAAAUUUCGUAACACUUUUCUCCCAGCAUCUGUUGCAUGAAAGGGAUAAUCUGGAACUUAGAGUUGUCAAUUAUAUCCUUUAUGGAAAUGGCAAACCCAUUCGGGGAAUUUAUGGCACAAGUAUUCAAUUAGUUCGGACUUGUUUAUUGUUGAAUUGGGACCAAGACAAAAAAAGUUCUUCUGUCGAAGAAGCUCACGCUUCUUUUGUUGAAGUAAAUACAAAUGGUCUGAUUCGAGAUUUCCUGCGAAUCGAUUUAGUAAAAUCCUAUAUUUCGUAUAUCAGAAAAAGGAAAGAUCCGUCAGGUUCAGGAUUGAUCUUUGAUGAGAGGUCAGAUCCCAACAAUAUCAAUCCAUUUUAUUCUAUUUAUUCCAAGGCAAGGAUUCAACAAUCACUUAGUCAAAAUCAAGUAACUAUUCGUACGUUGUUGAAUAGGAAUAAGGACUCUCAAUCUUUGAUAAUUUUGUCAUUAUCUAAUUGUUUUCAAAUGGGUCCAUUCAACGAUGCAAAAUAUUACAAUGUAAUAAAAAAAGAAUCAAUGAAAAGAGAUACUCUAAUUCCAAUUAGGAAUUCGUUGGGGCCUUUAGGAUUAGGAAGAGCCUCUAAAAGUAAGAAUUUUGAUUCAUUUUACCAUUUAAUAACUUAUAAUCAGAUCUCGGUAACUAAAUAUUUACAACUUGACAAUUUAAAACAGACUUCUCAGGUACUUAAAUAUUAUUUAAUAGAUGAAAAUGGUAGAAUUCAUAAUCCCGAUCCAUGCAGUAACACCGUUUUGAAUCCAUUCAAUUUGAAUUGGCAUUUUCUCCAUCAUCAUUUUCUCCAUCAUAAUUAUUAUGAAGAAACAUCUACAAUAAUUAGCCUUGGGCAGUUUAUUUGUGAAAAUGUAUGUAUAGCGAAAAACGGACCGCACCUAAAAUCGGGUCAAGUUCUAAUUGUUCAAAUUGACUCUGUAGUACUAAGAUCAGCUAAACCUUAUUUGGCCACUCUGGGAGCAACUGUUCAUGGUCAUUAUGGAGAAAUCCUUUACGAAGGAGAUACGUUAGUUACAUUUAUAUAUGAAAAGUCGAGAUCUGGAGAUAUAACCCAAGGUCUUCCAAAAGUGGAACAAGUGUUAGAAGUUCGUUCGAUUGAUUCAAUAUCGAUGAACCUAGAAAAGAGGAUUGAGGGUUGGAACGAGCGCAUAGCAAAAAUUCUUGGAAUUCCUUGGGGAUUCUUGAUUGGUGCUGAGCUAACUAUAGUACAAAGUCGUAUCUCUUUGGUUAAUAAGAUCCAAAAAGUUUAUCGAUCUCAGGGGGUGCAGAUUCAUAAUCGGCAUAUAGAGAUUAUUGUGCGUCAAAUAACAUCAAAAGGGUUGGUUUCAGAAGAUAGAAUGUCUAAUGUUUUUUCACCCGGAGAACUAAUUGAAUUGUUGCGGGCGGAACGAACAGGGCGUGCUUUGGAAGAAGCAAUCUGUUACCGAGCCAUCUUAUUGGGAAUAACGAAAGCAUCUCUAAAUACUCAAAGUUUCAUAUCCGAAGCGAGUUUUCAAGAAACUGCUAGAGUUUUAGCAAAAGCCGCUCUCCGGGGUCGUAUCGAUUGGUUGAAAGGUCUGAAAGAGAACGUUGUUCUCGGGGGGAUGGUACCCGUUGGUACUGGAUUCAAAGGAUUAGUACAACGUUCAAGGCAACUUAACAACAUUCCUUUGGAAAAAAAAAAGAAUGAUUUAUUCGAGGUGAAAAUGAGAGAUAUGUUGUUCUACCACAGAGAAUUAUUUGAUUUUUUCAUUUCACAGAAUUUAUACGAUACACCCAAACAAUCAUUGCGAGGAUUUAAUGAUUCCUAA